AUAUCCAUCCUCAUGAUCCCAACCCCGAUAGACCCAACAGUGCCUCCCCGCAGAAACCUCGACCGCGCUUUCGCUCUAGAGGGCAGGGCGUGUCUCAAUGGCGAGCCGAUCCAGAGCCCUCAGACGCUCCUCCAGACGCUCCUGUUGCACAGAGAGACCGUGGAGUUUCUUGAUGUAGACUUCGAGGCCCAGACCAGUGAGUUCUGGGGAGAUGACGACGAGGAGAUGAAGCCGGAUUUCAAUGUGUAUGGUAAAUGGUCGGAAGCAGAGCAUAAUGAGCUCAAGACCCUGCUAUACAUGGCGAAAAGCAUCGACCAACCCAGAGAAACUGCUUGCAGCUGGUGGAUCACCUGCCCCCCGAAGCUGGAGUAUGUGCUAAUCCGGGGCUACGAGAGAGGCAAGCGCCAGGAUCAUGACGACCAAGUCAACGCUCUACUUUGCUUCAAAGAGCGUGAGAUACUUCCAAGCCUCGAGUGUUGAUGAGUUGAUUCCACAUGCUGAAUCCGUG